AGAGAUACCCAAAAUGUCUUACACAUGAAUUAUUACGGGUAGUCGCAGUCAGAAUCGCUGCCCUCUUUUACUCGACACACGUGUAGCCGGUUCAUCUGUUCAAUCGACAUCGUCCCACAAUGUGGCAGUUGCAUCCACCCCACUGCCGUGCAACUGUGACAAGGGUGAACAGCGGCCCGAGCUUCGGGUUUUACUGUGGGCCCGGGCAGCAACAGCAAUGGGCACAGCUUGCAAGGCCACGACCCUUCAUCGUCAUCGGCACCUCGCGAGGGUUUGGAAUCCCAACCCGCCGCUGCCACCACCAACUCGUCGCCUUCCUCCUCACUGCUGCAGUCUGCUCUUCUAAAUUGUCACUUAAGAGACUUCUCUACAUUCCCUAAUCACGCAUUUAUCUGUUUAAUUGCCCGUUUUCCAAGGUUCUCACGGUGAGGCUUCAUUCACAGAAGGCCGACCAUCUCGGCUGUCCCCGCGGCUGUUGCAUGAGACGAACGACUCCUUGACGGCAAAACGAGCU